AUGCUUGGAGUCCCCCGGCUGGCACUUUCCCAUGGCAGGGGGUACCUGCAGGGCACGUGGGAGAAAGCCUACCAGGAUCACAGGAGAAAGGUGCAGGAGGCCCGGCCGGUGGUGGACAGCCGCGCCCCGCCAACCCUCAGUCACCUCUGCCUGAAACUCGGCAAACUCAAGCUGGAGGAGGGCCGGCUGUCCACCAUCGACAGGGAUAACCGUCUGCUGCUGGAGAAGGUGUCCUGCAUCAUGAGGACUGGGGGGUGGACCCUCAGUGGUGUCACCUGUGCACACAGGAGUCUAAACAGGGAGAAACGAGAGCAGGAGCUUUGCAGCCUGAGAGAGAAAAACCCGUUCUGGAGAAGGUCACAAACUCAGCGCAGGAUCCGUUCGCCACACACCCUGUGGGAGGCAGACCCACCGCCGGAGGAGGUACCUCGCUUUUCUAUUCCUUCCAACCCAGAGCUGUCUGAAUUUUCCAUUCCUUUCAUCAGAUUCAUCACAGCAAAUGUCAAGAAAAUGCUUGGAUCCUGUGCUUCAGAUUCAUUCCUCAUUUAUUUACUUUGA